CCCAACGCCGCGGCAUCGCCUGGCACUCCCCCGAUCAACACCGAGGCCCGGCAAGCCCGUCUGGCUGCUCUUGGGAACGGUCUCGGUGUAAACAGGGGAAAUAAAGACGCGGCAACGAGCGAGGAGUUCUUGACCCUGCUAGGGUGUUGGAAAAACAAAGUGCAUGUGCCGUUGGAUGACCCGCCGCUGAAGAUUGGAGAGAAGAGCAGGUAAGAAAAUUUUACACUACCACAAAGAAACAGUUUGUUGCACAGAGUGCCUUUUCUAGUUGCUUGAUUGAUUGGUUAUCGCAGAGAAGAAUAGAUACUACAUUGUCGUCGCUGUUGUAUUUUUAACCUUGACUGCAGUUUUGUCAAGUAGGUACAGCCCUUGGUAGACGGGCACGGGUUGCAUUUCUUGUUCGUUGCUACUAUCCGGUCGGUAAGCCGACUGCAUCAUUCAUAAUAUCAACAAUUGAGACUACGUUCGCUUUCACUCACAGGGUGAAGGAGAUCAAGGUGAAAGGUGUUGCCUUUGAGGUUUUUUACCGUGUCUGGGAUUCCCGGGACACCACUGCGGAUAACAAAUCUCCCGAAAGAGUACGGCGUGACGAG